CAACCAACCCACUUCGGUACGGCAAGCGCCGAAGCCGUCACCAACGUUCAGGUUCAGGUGCAGCUGCUUGCUGCCGUCGUCACAACCACUAUCCCGCUAUAACGAGGUCGGAUUCACCUGACCACCGUUCUCACCAAAGUCGUCCGGUGAUUCUGUACGCGUUUGAGUUCUUAAUAGUACUCCACACCUGAGAAAUAGUAAUUCUCCGCCACCUCCAGAUCCUCGCCCCGCAGUCCCACGUCUCAACAGAUGCCCUCGAAGUGAUCCGCUACGUCACGCUUGUUUAUUCACACGACAAACCCCUCGGAUAACCCAGCUUCGGCUCUCGUACUUCCGGCGUCAUAUAUCUUCCCGUGCUUUUAGGCCCUCGCGUCCAGCAAGAGACGGGUAACACAUCAUGGUGAAAGAUAGCAGUGUUCCGCAACCUGGGCCAGCACGGCUGUCGAAGGGUGCAGGGCCCGAUGAGUGGUUAGAGCAAGCAAAACAGUGCAGGUAUCUGCCAGAGGCCGAUAUGAAGCGUCUCUGUGAGAUUGUCAAAGAAUGCUUGAUGGAAGAAUCUAACAUUCAGCCGGUCUCCACUCCUGUCACUGUGUGCGGCGAUAUCCAUGGCCAGUUCUACGAUCUCCUGGAACUGUUUCGUGUGGCGGGAGGUAUGCCUGGAGAUACCCCCGCACCAGCUCCAUCAGCACCGGCCAAUGCUAUCAGCCUUGCCGAUAUUGAACCCCCCACAACCAUUACGGAUCCAAAAGCCAAGCGGAAGAUGAAGAGGCGGUACCAACAAGACGCCAACUACACUGGACCUAGUAGUCCAAAUGAAGGCGAAGAAGAGGAGGAGGAAGAAGAGGAAGAAGAAAGGGGCCGUAGCCGUAGCGCUACAGGCAGAGGCAGCACUGAUUCCGCUUCUGGUCUUGGAGAGAAUGUUGCUGGCGCUGGUGGCGACGGGCAACAAAACUUCAUCUUUCUCGGCGAUUUCGUGGAUCGCGGGUAUUUCAGUUUGGAGACAUUCACCCUGCUGAUGUGCUUGAAGGCAAAAUACCCGGAUCGUGUAACACUUGUCCGCGGCAACCAUGAAUCUCGACAGAUUACUCAAGUUUACGGAUUCUACGAGGAAUGCCAAACGAAGUAUGGCAACGCAUCUGUCUGGAAGGCCUGCUGCCAAGUCUUCGACUUUUUGGCUUUGGCUGCCAUCGUCGACGGCCGGGUACUCUGUGUGCACGGAGGACUGAGUCCCGAAAUCAGAACGCUUGAUCAGAUCAGAGUCGUCGCAAGAGCACAGGAGAUUCCCCAUGAAGGUGCAUUCUGUGACUUGGUCUGGAGCGACCCAGAAGACGUCGACACCUGGGCAGUAUCGCCUCGAGGCGCUGGAUGGCUGUUUGGAGAUAAGGUGUCUUCCGAGUUCAACCAUGUCAACGGUCUCGAGCUUAUUGCUCGAGCGCAUCAAUUGGUCAACGAAGGGUACAAGUAUCACUUCCAAGCAAAGGACGUGGUUACGGUCUGGUCAGCACCCAACUACUGCUACCGGUGUGGCAACGUUGCUUCCAUCAUGAACCUCAAGGAAAACCUGAAACCCGAGUUCAAUAUUUUCUCAGCUGUUCCCGACCAUCGAAGAGCAGUACCUGUAGGAAGAGGGGGGCGAAGCGAAUACUUCUUGUAAGGGAGGCUUGCCGUUUGUGGUCAUUUGGCAUAAAAUCUUGUUUGCAUGUCAUAAUUGAUAGACGGGCGGAGAGCGAGGAGGCACUGGGAAUCAAAACAGAACAGUGCGUCCUCUGCUCGGUUGUUGGGCAACGUUGUUUGGCAGCAUUUUCAAAGUGGAUGCAUGCAUGCGGACCCCAUUGCAUUGUUAUGAGUCGAAUACCCAGGGUCAUAUUUAACGAAAUCUAUACACUGUACAUUAUGCUUGCUUGUAACGAAUCUAGUGAUGAAAAUGUGGGAGAAGCUGUACAAGGGCAGUAUGAGCAGCCACCC